AAGGAAAAGUUCUUUAAAAUAAUGGAUAUUAGCUGUAUCCAAUCACAAUGACCGGUUUCACCAACAGGGAGGAGAUUCUGCUCGUCAGCCACUAGCAUCAGAGAAGGUGGAGCUUGGUGUUCAGGUUUGGUUGCUUUGGGUACAGCUUCAAGUGAAGUUAAUCUGAGGUGAAGCAAACAGAAAAUUGUGGAGGUUUUGUUGGUGUGCAACAGAGGAACAUGGCUCAAGAAACUAAUCACAGCCAAGUGCCUAUGCUUUGUUCCACUGGCUGCGGAUUUUACGGAAACCCUCGUACAAACGGCAUGUGUUCAGUGUGCUACAAAGAACAUCUUCAACGACAGAAUAGUAGUAACGAUAGAAUAAGCCCACCUGACAAGGUGUGGGACUGCCCAGAGCACAGAGUCACUAACGCGAAAUGUGGUGCCGUUGCAGCGACCUCCGUCAGUAGUCUGUCCGAGUCCCUCCCAGUCCCGUGCACAGACGGCGGCGUCCCGGAGGCGCAGUCAGCGCUAGACUCCACAUCUCCAUCCGUGCAGCCAAGUCCUGUAUCAAAUCAGUCACUUUUAUCAGAAUCUGUAGCAUCUUCCCAAGUGGACAGCACAUCUGCGGACAAAGCGAUACCUGAAACAGAAGACCUGCAAGCUUCAGUCUCAGACACGGCACAGCCGCCAUCUGAAGAGCAAAGCAAGUCUCUUGAAAAACCAAAACAGAAAAAGAAUCGCUGUUUCUUGUGCAGGAAGAAAGUGGGACUGACUGGGUUUGAAUGCCGGUGUGGAAAUGUUUACUGUGGUGUACACCGUUACUCAGAUGUACACAAUUGCUCUUACAAUUACAAAGCCGAUGCUGCUGAGAAAAUCAGAAAAGAAAAUCCAGUAGUUGUUGGUGAAAAGAUCCAGAAGAUUUGAACUCCUGCUGGAAUACAAAAUCCUUUGACCAUCUGCAAACUAAAAAUUGACUUGAGGUUUUUUUUUCCUAGUCAUUGGGAAUGUAGAGCAUUGUAUCUUGCAUAGACCUUUUAAUCAUGCAUGUCAUCAGAAGAAUAGAUUUUUGUUUUUGUUUUGAAAAUGACUCUGAACAUUUAUUUCCAUUGCAGUUUCUGUGGCUAAAAAGACUUAAGUAAACUUUACAAGUAUUAUCCUUUUAAGAUCAUUUUAAUUUUAGUUGAGUGCAGAGGGCUUUUAUAACAAACAGGGAGAAAUUUUGGAGGGCUGUGAUUUUUCCAGUAUUAAACAUGCAUGCGUUAAUCUUGCAGUUUAUUUUCUCAUUGUGUGUAUAUAUAGCUUUUCUCUGCAGCACGAUCUCUCUUUGGAUAAUGCCCUCUAGGGCGCAGCUAGUUAGCAGUAACUGAAUGUAUCUUAAUCACUAUGGCUGCUUCUGUUUUUUCAUUAACAAAGGUUAUACAUAUGUUAGCACAUAGUUUCUUUGCACCCACUAUUUAUGUCUGAAUCAUUUGUCACAGGAGAGAGUGUGCUGAUGAGAUUCUAAGUUUGUGUGUUUUUAAUUUUUUUUUUUUUUGAGCAAGGGAAGGAAAAGCUGUAUGCAUUUCAUUGCUGACUGCAGGUUUCUUUCAGGUUCAUCUGUCUGUGUGUACGAUAUGAAGAAUGAUCUGAAGUAAUUGUGCUGUAUUUAUGUUUAUCCACCAGUCUUUGAUUAAAUAAAAAUGAAAACCUUAACAAUC